AUGAGCCUUCUCACCUUCUUUUCUGGCCUGUUUGGUUGGAUCUACACCUUUUGCUGGAGCGCUUCGUUUUAUCCUCAACUUAUAUUGAAUCUUCGUCGCAAGAGCACAUCCGGAACUACUGUGGAUUUCCCCUUCAUCAACGUUCUAGGCUUCGUUGCGUAUUUCGUCUCCAAUGUCGCCUUCUACUACUCUCCCCUCAUUCGAAGCCAGUACGCCGCUCGGCACAACGAUCUUACUCCCACUGUCCAGUUCAACGACAUCACUUUUGCGCUCCACGCCUCUGUCAUAUCUGCCAUCACUCUUUCGCAAUACCUCCUCCGCACUCUCUGGGGCUUCGCCCCUUCCACCGGCACCCGCCCUAGUCGCUUCAUUGUCGGUGUCGCGCUGGGCUGCCUCUUCGGCGUUGUCGCCACCUAUCUAAUAGUUGCUUCAGAAGCAGCCAAGGGCCCUAUCGAUCCGGCAACAGACUGGUGCGAGCUAGACAUCAUCUACGCAGUGGGCUACGUUAAGCUUUUAAUCACUCUUAUCAAAUUCACUCCGCAGGUCCUAGCCAACUACAGCAACCAGAGCACCAAGGGAUGGAGUAUCUGGCAGAUUACGCUUGACUUUGCGGGUGGUGGACUGAGCACGGGGCAACAGUGCAUCGACAGUUACUUGCAGCGCGACUGGAGUGGCAUCACAGGCAAUCCGGUAAAAUUUGCCCUGGGGAAUGUGAGCAUGGUGUACGACUGCAUCUUUUUUGCCCAGCACUACAUUUUUUACCGAGGCUCUCAUAGCAAGGAUAGAUCCGAGGAGGAUGCGUUGUUGGGGGAUGAGGAACAGCAAAGGAGGAGACGACUGGACUAA